UACUGUCAUCAGUCAUGUAGAAAUGAUUAUUCUUUACCUACACUCUUUUUUUCUAUUUUGAACUACAUUUCAAACUAAUUUUGAAACUUUUUCUAUAUGCAUGAGACUUCUGCAUGUAGAUUUUUGGAAAUUUGAACAUUUUCUUCUUAUUGUUGACAUAAAAAAACUAAGGUUAUAAAGUGUACCAGUAAUUUAUAGGCACUUCUUGUUCAAAUCAAAAUGGGUGUACCAAAGUUUUUCAGGUACACCAGCGAGAGAUAUCCAUGCCUUAAUGAGUUGGUAAAACAGUAUCAGAUACCAGAUUUUGACAAUAUGUACUUAGACAUGAAUGGAAUAAUUCACAAUUGUUCACAUCCAGAUGAUUCAAAUCCGCAUUUCCGGAUCACUGAAGAGAAGAUUUUUAAGGAUAUAUUUCAUUAUAUUAGUAUAUUAUUUCAAAUAAUAAAACCUAAGAAGCUAUUCUUCAUGGCCAUUGAUGGUGUUGCACCUAGAGCAAAGAUGAAUCAACAAAGAGGUAGAAGAUUUAGGUCAGCACGGGAAGCUGAGCAAUUGGAAGAAGAUGCGAAAUCAAAAGGUGAAGUGCUUCCUACUGAAAAGAGAUUUGACAGCAAUUGCAUUACACCUGGGACAGUGUUUAUGGCACGUUUACAUGAACAACUUAAAUAUUUUGUCAAGACCAAGAUGUCAACUGAUCCACUAUGGUCCAAGGUGAAAGUGAUUCUGUCAGGACAUGAGACACCAGGAGAGGGAGAGCAUAAAAUCAUGGACUAUAUUCGCUGGGCACGCUCACAGCCGGACUAUGACCCCAACACAAGACACUGUCUUUAUGGUUUGGACGCUGAUCUCAUUAUGCUGGGGAUGUGCACACAUGAACCUCAUUUCGCUCUUUUGAGAGAAGAAGUGAAAUUUGGCAAGACAACGCAAAGAGCGACAAGCCCUGAGGAAACUAACUUCUACUUGCUACACUUGUCGCUUCUAAGAGAAUACUUGGAGCAAGAGUUUGUUGGCAUUAAGGAUAAACUGCCGUUUGAAUAUGAUAUAGAGAAAAUAGUAGACGACUGGGUACUGAUGGGAUUUUUGGUAGGAAAUGAUUUUAUACCAAACCUACCCAAUAUGCAUAUAAGCAAUGAUGCUAUGCCUUUGUUGUAUAAGACUUAUAUGACUGUCUUACCAACAUUGGAUGGCUACAUAAAUGAAGCUGGAGACUUGAAUUUAGCUAGAUUUGAGGUGUUCAUGCAAGAACUGGCUAAGAUAGACAAGGAAAAGUUUCAGGACACAUAUGCUGAUCUUAAGUAUUUCGAAAUGAAAACCGGUAGAAGACCAAAUGCAUUGGAGAGGAAAGAGUAUAAACCAAACAAUGACGACACUUUCAAUGUUAACAUUGAUGACAUUAAGGCAAACAAGCCUGAUGAUGAAUUACAGGCAUUAAUUAAUGCUACACAGGAAAUGUUUUUAGAUGAUAUCAUGGACAAUGAUGAUGAAUAUGAAGAAACAAGUGAUGAGGAGGCAAACAUUGAAAUGGAGUUUAUACUUCACAAAAAAGACUACUAUAUGAAUAAAUUGGACUAUUCGAAAGUCACUGACGAAGUGUUAGCGGAUCAAGCGGAAGGCUACGUGCGCGCAAUACAGUGGAACUUAUUCUACUACUAUAAGGGUUGUCCGUCUUGGUGUUGGUAUUAUCCCCACCAUUAUGCUCCAUACAUAUCCGAUAUCAAGGGUUUCAAGGAUUUGAAGAUUGAAUUUGAAUUGGGAGAACCGUUUAAACCGUUUGAACAGUUAUUAGCUGUGCUCCCAGCGGCCAGUAAGCACUUGUUGCCAACUCCAUUCCACGAUCUGAUGACAGAUGAAGACUCUCCUAUUGUCCACUAUUAUCCGGUGCAUUUUGAAACUGAUCUCAACGGGAAGAUGAAUGAUUGGGAGGCUGUUGUGCUUAUACCGUUUAUUGAUGAGACAAACCUUUUGUCAGCUAUGGCGCCAUGUUAUCAAAGGCUGACUGAAGAAGAAUUGAAACGGAAUACGCAUGGACCUAUGAUGGUUUAUAAUUGGUCACCAGCUAAUUUAGGUCCAGCGAAAGCUCCGGAAUACUUCCCAGCGAUACAAGAGAAUCACGCAAUAGAGCAGGCGGUGUGGCGCGCCGAGUUGGAAGUGCCCGGGGACAGGCUGAAGCGCGGCAUGUUGCCCAACGCGCAGCGGGAUCUGCUGUUCCCGGGCUUCCCCACCAUGCGCCACCUGAAGUAUGAGACAAAACUCAAAAAGUGCAAAGUGAAGGUGUUUGAUCAGCCUUCCCGUAACGAGAACAUGAUAAUAAAAAUAUUGCCAGAAGAGGACACAAACCCGCCAAUAGAAGAACUUGCGAAAAAUCUUCUGGGCAAAGUCAUAUGGGUCGGAUGGCCGCAUCUUACUAGAGCUAAAGUGGUGUCAGUAUCAAACGAGAGCUGUCGCCUGCACCACGUGGACAAGCUGAACAUCGCGAACGCAGUGCAGUACUCGAUUGAGCACAAUGAGGGCAACAUGCACAAGCAGUGGAUAUCCGAACGGUCCACUGUUAUUGAACACAAUAUGAAUCGACUAGGUAUCGCACUGGGCGAUGUCCAUGUCAUCAUACACGCAACAAAUUUAAAAGGAUAUAAAUACAUGAUCCAAGACAACACGCGUAUGGUGAUAGAGGAGGAGUGGUGCGAAAUGCCGUGCGGUUACGCGCUGCAAGCCACUGUGGCCAACGCGAAGGCGGCCAUACUGCGACCCCCCGCGAAAUUCCUCACCCCCGGGGACGCCUAUCCCGCGGGGGACAAGUUGUUCCUACUGACCCAGGGACAGUAUUAUGGAUGUCUUGCUGUGGUGGGAUCCGAAGCGAUCCGCAACGGUCGCAUUAAGGUGUGCGUACGCGAGAGCUUGGAGCCGGUGGCGCGGCCGCACGCCGCCGCCUGCCCCUACCGCGCCGCCAACCACGCCGCCGCCGCUUGCGAACUGUGUCCGCCAAGAGAUGUCAAACCCGCCAAAGCUGACAAGAACAAUGGAAACGUAACUGUCAACGCAAACAACACUUCUACGAAGGACGAUGCAACAACAUUACUGCGAAGUUUGUUGAAAAUAAGCGAAAAUGAGACGGAUCAGAGCAAGCAGAAUAAAACCAACCGUGAACAGAACGCAAAUUGGCGAAAUAAAAACGAUAAACAACAAGGCGUCACUCCGCCCAACUUUAAUCAACCCUUUUGGAACUUAUUUGCUGGAGCGCACGCGCAACAAAGCUGGCGCAAAGACAAUGAGAAUCUCUACAGACCGCCGGCGCCUUACAACGAAUGGGCGAACAGUAACUAUCACAAGCCACCCCCACAAGCAUUCCCCGCGUACCCGCCGCCGCAGAUGGUGGGCGGCGCGGGGAGUGCGGGCGCGUUCCCGCCCUUCCCCCCGUUCCCCGCGCACCUGCCGAGCGCGCCCAGCACGCUCGCGCCCAGCUGGAAGAAGCCGCAUGCGCAGAUUCCUCUCCAGCCGCCAGCGAACCAGGCGCGAAGCAUUAACACAGUGAACAACCCGUUCGUGCCCCUACAAGUACAGACUAGCCAGAGGCGUGUGCACAAUGUUAGCCAACCGCCGAGAAAUAUGGAGGGGAUACCAGCUCCUAAAUCAACGCUUCCAAAGCCGCAGCCAGUGCUGCCACAGCCACCACAGAACCAACAACCAGUGCCAAAACAGCAAAAGAAAAAGAAACCGAGAAUAGCAGCAAACCUUCCCUUUCAAUUGGACUAAAUUAUGUGUUAAAUAGUAUAUUUUGUAUUAAUAAAAUAUGGUCUAUUUUUGUCUCAUGUUACUACGCCCACGCCAAUAAAGAUACGAAUUUUAAAUAAGAACUUCGUCUCUUUUACACAUGCAUGUUGUUGACGAUUUUUAAAAUUUGUUUCCAUAUUGGCUCGGGUUAACUUGAAAUUUAGUAUUUUAAUAGCAACACAUAUCAUUUGCGUUGUAAUUUUUAAAUUUAGUGUUUUAUUAUAGGGGUACGUAGAUAACAUUAAUCGUAUAAUUGUGUUGAUUCAAAGAAAUCGAAUGUCGUUUAUAAUCUCUUGUAUUUUACUAAAUGACAAUAUGGUGUUUUGAUCUUUUUUUUUUUAUCGGUAAUUAGGUAGUCAUAGUCAGAUUUUUAUAAUACACUGCAAAUAAAUGACGAUGAAAAUGGUGAUUAUUUAUACAUUUUGUAAAUAUUAUGAAAUGUGUGUGUUUAAUGCUGUUUUUGUGUGAAGAAUUACAAAAAAUAUGUUCCUGUUUUAAGUUUGUGGUACAUACUUUUAUUUAAGUAAUACGUUGAUAUUGUAAGUGUGACUAGUGUUAGGUUAUACUUUUUUAAUUAUGAGAAUAAUAUCCAAUUCACUUCUGGGAGAGAUUACAUUUUUGAAAUAAAAUGCUUCAGAACAUACCUUUUAGUUUUCCGCAUCAUAUUAAGUAAAUAGUUUUAAUCGUUGGCAGCUAUUAUUUAUGUGAAUAGUUUUAAGGAAUUGUAGACUCUAUUUCUACCUUCAUUAAAGUACAAAUGGAUAAGUACACUAGUGCCUGUCUUAGUACUUAAUUAGUUUCAAAUGUAUAUUAUAUUAUGUAUUAUACCAGCCCUUUUCUACAUUCAGUUACAUUUUUGGACAACAGCUAUAUUAUUUUUUUGUCAUCUUUAUGUAAAUUAAUAUCACUGUGUUAGCAGAAUAUAGUGUAAAUUUAAAUGAAUUUAAAAUAUUUUCAUAUGUUUUUAUUCACAUAAUAUGGAACGUAGCUUUUAGAUUUGUUUUAAUGAAGUCUUUUUCAUACUUGAAAUGACUGUAUAUACUAUGUGAUUUUAAAUACACAAAAUUAUGUUCAAAGUGCGUAUUUAAGGCCGAAAUUUCGAGCGGGUGUUCAGUAACCGACGACGUCACAACCUGGGACCUGGGUCAUUCAACAGUCGCGCUCUAGUUCGUUUUUCACUACAUAGGAAAAUCUUAAUUAUUAAGUUGUGUGGUAAAAAUUAAAAAUAAUGUAGUGUCAACGAAGAACGUAUCUAUAUAUGUCUGUAAUAUUGCUUAUCAAAACUCAAUCAUCAAUAAACACACUAUAGUUAGCGCAAAAACAAAUACAACAGAAAACACGUAUUUUAUAAAUUAUUACCAAUGCGUUGAACCAAGGGCCGCAACGUGCCGGUCGUACCGUAUGAUCCUGGGCUGAACGAGAUCGUGACGUCAUAGUAUGAAAGCGACUUGUCUUGAAAUUUAAAAAAAAGGCUCAACGUCUCAUGGUUAUUACUUCUAAAUGAACGUAAUUUACAUGACCUACGACCCGAUUUCAGAUUUGUUUAUAUUUUGACCCUUUUGUGUUCUCAUUUCAUACUUUUUCUAAUCACUAAAAUAAAUUGUAAGAUCUCAUUAUGUUGUUACAUAUUGUAUCUCAAUAAAUAUACAAAAAUAAUUUUGUAUUUAAUUUCUCAGUAUAAAAUAAUAAUUUCAUAUUACAUAUAUCGAUGAGAUGCUAAUAGUGCAAUGUGGUACUAUUACAUAAUAAAAAACCUUUUUUCAUUAUGUAUUAAAAAAAAUUUUUUCUUAUGAAUUGUACUAUAUAUUAUAAACAAGAACUAAUAAAGAAGAGGUAACUAAA